CGCCGCCCCCGCCGCGCCCCGCGCCCGCCCUUGCUAGCAGGCACCUUCCGCCCCCUGCAUUGCUGAUGCUGCUGCUGGCAGACAUGGACGUGGUGAAUCAGCUGGUGGCUGGGGGUCAGUUCCGGGUGGUCAAGGAGCCCCUUGGCUUCGUGAAGGUGCUGCAGUGGGUCUUUGCCAUCUUCGCCUUCGCUACAUGCGGCAGCUACGACGGAGAGCUUCGGCUGAGCGUGGAGUGUGCCAACAAGACGGAGAGUGCCCUCAACAUCGAAGUUGAAUUUGAGUACCCCUUCAGGCUGCACCAAGUGUACUUUGAUGCGCCCACCUGCAAAGGGGGAACCGAAAAGGUCUUCCUAGUUGGGGACUACUCCUCAUCAGCUGAAUUCUUUGUCACCGUGGCUGUGUUUGCCUUCCUGUAUUCCAUGGGGGCCCUGGCCACCUACAUCUUCCUGCAGAACAAAUACCGAGAGAACAACAAAGGGCCCAUGAUGGACUUUCUGGCCACAGCGGUGUUCGCCUUCAUGUGGCUAGUUAGCUCAUCUGCCUGGGCCAAAGGCCUGUCGGAUGUGAAGAUGGCCACAGACCCAGAGAACAUUAUCAAGGAGAUGGGUGUGUGCCGCCAGACAGGGGUCACAUGCAAGGAACUAAGGGACCCUGUGACUUCGGGACUCAACACCUCAGUGGUGUUUGGCUUCCUGAACCUGGUGCUCUGGGUUGGCAACCUAUGGUUCGUGUUCAAAGAGACAGGCUGGGCCGCCCCAUUCAUGCGCGCACCUCCAGGCGCCCCGGAAAAGCAACCAGCACCUGGGGAUGCCUACGGCGAUGCGGGCUAUGGACAGGGUCCCGGAGGAUAUGGUCCCCAGGAUUCCUACGGGCCUCAGGGUGGUUACCAACCCGACUACGGACAGCCUGCCGGUGGCGGUGGCGGUGGCUAUGGGCCUCAGGGCGACUAUGGGCAGCAAGGCUACGGCCCACAGGGUGCGCCCACCUCCUUCUCCAAUCAGAUGUAAUCUGGUCAGUGAAGCCCACGAAGACCCCACGGGUGGGCAAGAGCUCAAGAAAGGCCUGCCCUCCUUCCCAUUCCUAUACCCUAGGUCUCCACCCCUCAACCCAGGAGACCCUAACUGUCUUUGCUGUUUAUAUAUAUAUAUAUUAUAUAUAAAUAUCUAUUUAUCUGUCUGAGCCUUACCCUCACCCACUUCUCCAUGCACUAGGGGCCCAGUCCUGAAUGGGCUCCUCCCUACCCCUGACCUUGCAUUCCUCAGCCCCUAUCUGUUCCCCAGCCCUGUCCUUUGAGGUAAGGGGGCUCUAGAAAGGGGACAGGAAGGGACCCAGACCUUGGCUGCAUGGAGUGGGUUGAUGUGACUUUUUCCCUUCCUUUUUUCUCUCCCUCUGCUCCUCCUAACCCUGACCUUGGUUCCUCCAGCAGCACCUGAGCAGAAGCUUGGAUAGGAAUCCAACCCCAAGAGUAGAAGAGCAGAUUGGGUGGAGGCUUGGCUGAAACAGACGGAGAGAAAAGGGGCUGCGGAGAGAAAGAACUAAUCAGUCAGCCGAGAGUGAGAGUUGAGUUCCAGACACGUGGGAUGUGGAGCCUAAAAGGAAAGC